UGCUUCCCGUCGUUGUUUUGCGAAGGCAGGAUUUCAGCGGACGUGCGAGGUGACAGAUUACAAGUCUAGAGGUGAAAGAGACGAGCCACAAUGUCCAGCAGUGUGCUGUGUGGUCGAAGCAGAUAUGUCCUAUCUAAGGCUGCUGGCCAUCAAGCUUUGACUUCUCUCAGGGUUGGCAGAACCAGAACCUUCUCUGCUGCAAGCUCAGAUGAACCUUAUAUUGCUGUUUCACACACAGACUCAGGUCCAAGAACUGUGUGGCCUGACGAGAGCAUGGGACCAUUCGGACCUCAGGACCAGCGCUUCCAGCUACCGGGUAACGUUGGGUUUGACUGCCACCUGGAAGGCAUGGAGGACCAAAAGAGUGUUCCGGUCCACAGGACGGUACCUGAUGUACUGACGGCUACGAGCAGCGCCGAGCGGCAACAGUUCAUACUGGCCCAGUUCGUCAAUGAGUUCCACGGAAAACUGGGUCCGAUAUCCACGAGAGUCCACAAAGCGGAGCAGUACUUCACCCAGACGGCCACAGACUGCUCCAUCAGCUCCUGCCCUGAGCUGUUGAGGAAAGAUCUGGAGCUGCUGUUCCCCACGGCGCCGACCGCCUCCAUCACCGUGGUGACGGUCACACAGAGCAGCAGCAGCAGCCGGUUUGAGGACGAGGCUGCAGAGCAGGACAAAGACCAGCUGCUUCACAAAUUUGUGAGCGGCGCAAAGGAGAUGUGCUUCGCUCUGUGGACGGCAGGAUACUGGGCCGACUUCAUCGACCCGGCGACGGGAGCAGCUUUCUUUGCGUCUCCGUCAAGUCAGACCUCGCUGCAAUCAGACGAGCAGCUCAGACAUCUGGGCUUUCACAUCGAGGUGUCGGGCUCCUGCACAGUCAUCAGCCACAUCUUGAGGGGGACGCCUUUGUUUGUGGGGACCGUUUUCACCAACGCGCCUCCUCACAGCGCUGCUAUCGCCAGACUACAAGGACUUUCCAAUGCACUUGAUGACGACGAAUAGGCUUUUUAAAUUAUUAUAUCUAUAUAUAUACAAUGAAAUCCAAACAGAGGACCUCUGUUUCUGCUUUGAAGAAGGUUGGGAGUUGAUCUGUGCUAGAGUUGUGUCAGUGGAGGGAGUGUGUGAAGUUUGUCUUACUGUAACACAAAGCAGCAACACUGAGCGCUGAUCAGGACGUGACUGAGGAGACCUCGGCGCUGUCUGACAGAGGCUCUCCUCCUGCACUACAUCCAGGAAGAAGCUCACUCGGUGAAGUGGCGAUUUCGCAAUGUGAUGAAUCUUUAGACAUUUUUAUUUUAGAAGGUGUUUUGUGUAUUUAUAAAAACGGAGACCGGCAGCUGGUGCUAGCUCGUGGGGAAAAAACAUCCACAUUCUAACCUUAAACGCCGCUGUAGCUGGAAUGAUACCAGGUCAGAAACUUUUCAUACCAACGUGUACAGUAUUUUUUCUUUUUCUUUCUCUAAUCCGUUGCACAGAAUGUGAAGAAACGAUGAAUACUGUUACUUUUGAAGCACUGCACUUCAAAUAAAGUGACUUCUUUACAAA